GCGCGCGUGGAAUGAAGACGACCAGGAAGCGCAGAGACCGCGGUGCGCAGUUUAUCCGCAGCAACUUGGAGCUGUUGGGCUUUGAAUCACGUCGAGAUGCAUUGGUGCAGGCUGUCAAAGAGUUGUUCGAGAAUGCGCUGGAUGCUACGCAGGCGUUGAGCUCUGACGUGUCGUGGGACGAUGCACCGCUCGAGCUACUGCGUGUCAACGUCAAGUUGAAUGAAGAGACCGGCAGCAUUGACAUUGUGUGUGCCGAUACAGGCUCAGGCAUCCAUGCGCAUCAGGUUAAACUGCUGUGCUGUAGCGCCUUUGAAACGACGAAGACCAGUGCACAAGGUGGAGGAGGAUGCAAUAGUGGAAAAUACGGUAUUGGAUUGAAGGCGGCGAUGUUGUACAGCCAGAUGCACGCGAAUGAUGCAUGCUUGAAGAUCACCACGACCUCAAAGUCGGAUGGGAUUUUAUACGUACAGCUUCGCAUUGAUCCUGACUCAGAGGAGACUGCCGUCGUGAAGAAAGUGGCCCAUUUCGUCGUGGACGAAAGCCACCAGCGCUUCUCUGGUACGGAGAUGCGGCUGUGUAUCUCUUGUCCAGAAGAUACAUUGGAAGUUGAGAGCGCUGCAGAUACGCUGGCAUUAUACUUCCAGACGCUACGGUACACCGCUCCUCCCUUUGUUGGUGUACAGUUCAACUUUGAUGUUGAAGAGGUCAGCACCAGCGUCGAGUGUCAGCACAGAGAGGAACCGAUCGACCGUUUCGCAGCAGACCUGGGAGCAAAUGUGGAUGAUAUUUUGUACGCGGUUCAUGAUGAUGAAUCGUUCUCUACCAGUUGCGCUGCCCUGAUGCUUGGUGAUAUAGAACCGAGUGGCCAACACGAUAUCGAAGUUUGCUUGCUUCGUUAUGCAAACCACACCCCGUUGAUCAAUGGUGAAGAUUUCUUCCUCUGCGGCAUCACGAAGGGAGUCAGCUCCUGGAAGGUUUGGAAGAAAUUCGGUCUCCGCUGCCAGCGAACGAGCUCACAGCUCGUAAACCAACUUGUUGCAACCCCUUUGCGAGCAUCAACCGGGCGAAAGAAGAUCGAAGACGUUGGCGAUCCGAUUCGCCUCGUCUUAGCAAUCGACGUAUGCGUCGCUGGGUCUGCUGUCAAUAAUGGCAUCAAAUACGCAACUCUAAAGAAGAGUACGCUGGACGCAUGCUAUGCUGCUAGUGUACAGACUUGCUGUCGCUCUAUUCUGCAGCAACUCGCAAAAGCUGGACGGCUCACCACCCCGCAGCAGCGGCAAAAUCGCGAUCUCGUCGAGAAUUUCGCACCACUGAUCGCAAAAUCUCUCGCAGCGAUUGUAAAACAAUCGCAAGCGGAUCAAUUUAGUGAUACUGAGGCACCGCAGCGCGAUAGUAGCUCGCAAGACCACUUCAACGAGGAGCUCAUCCUACAAGAGCUUCAAGGCGUUUUACGAAACUGGUAA